GCAGCAGCAGCAGCGGCAGGAAUAGGAAAAACAGCCAACAACAGCAAUUCGACGACAACAACAGCUUCAGCAGGAGCAGCAGCAGGAGCUACUUCAUCAACAUCAUCGUCAGGGCCAGGAGUAGGUGGUAUCAAGUCCUCAACUAACUGGGAGGCACCACUUGAAGAUCCAUUUAAAAAUAUUGUACGAAUUGGUGAUGGCAAUACAGUAUUGCGGACAGCAGUUGAACAGUCGCUGGUGACCAUCCAUGACAUUGCCACCGAAAAUUUGGGUACAUUAUGCAUCUCCACGCUCUAUCGCCCCUUACAAGUGCCCAUCAAUUCGGAGCGUUAUGAGAGUUCAAGACAAAAGGCCGAUUUGGCAGCAUCGAUACUUCAGGAAGUUGGCAUCAUCAGACACGGAGGACUCUCGGAUGCCUUGGCCAAGGGAUUGCUUACAGAUGAAUUCAUAACUGGUGCACGGAUUUUGGCUUUGAAUCUAACCAAUGGGGCGGUGCAGUCCUAUGUGUGGUGGGUGAAGGGCAGCCAGGAUAAAGUUUUGGGCGAGGGUGAAACGCAACGCUAUAAUGAAGAAGGAUUGCAAAUUGGCAAAAAGCCAGCCAACAGUUAUCCAUGGUUCGAUGAUGAAACUAGCACUCCAAGUUUGCGUUCCCCGAAAUUUGCGCCUAGCCCACCGAAUAACUAUUACAAAGGCUGGUGGACAUAUCCAUAUUUCUCUUGUGCAUUGAGCAAAUGGCUAGUGUCCUACAGCAUUGCCAUUCCACCGAGUGGUCGCCAUGGCUUGCGUGGCUUCAUUAGCAUCGACAUCAAUGUGUCCACAUUGAGGGUGAAUCAGUGUGAGGGCGGCUUGAGCGGAUUUUCCACUUACCAAUCGGGUAGCCAUCAAAAGAAACUGAUGACAAUGAUGAUGCUGAGACGACCCCAAGGCAGAAUGGCUGGAGGAGUCGUUGGCGUUGGCGGUGGCAGUGGCGGCGGCGGUGGUGGUAAGCUGAUUACCAGCGAUGUCGACUUCAUUAAUGAUUUGCAGGCCUUUCAUGGCUCUCAUAAAUGUCAUCGCAACUCCAUGGUGUGCGAUUAUCGUCAGCCCAGCCCAAAUUUGGAUUCAACGACAAUAACCGGGGGCAAAAUACUGAGUGCUUUAACUAGUAGCAGCUGGUCCCGCGGCUCCUAUCAGUGCCUGUGCAAGCGUGGAUACUAUUCUUUGCGUCAUCCCGAUGGCUUCAAUGGCACCAUUAUGGAAAUUGCCUGGCAAGAGCAUCAGGACAAUAUAAGCAAUUACUAUACAGAAGUAUUCAAAUGUUUGGCCUGUGCUCCCGGCUGUGACCAGUGCACCGGGCCAGAGCCUUGCUUGGCCAACUUUCAUUGGCCAUUCAGAAUAUCCCUGCUGACCAUUUCGAUUGGUUGUGCUUGUGGCACUUUCAUUUUGGCUGGUUAUCUCUUCCGGCAUCGACGUGUUAAGGUUUUCAAAGUGGCUAGUCCCAUCUUUUUGAUGAUUACCCUGAUUGGUUGCGCCAUCAUGUAUUUGGAGAUGGUUGCCAUAUUCCCCUAUCUGGACACAAGUUGGUGCAUUGUUACGAAAUGGACACGUCACAUGGGCUUUUGCAUCACCUACACAUCAUUGUUAAUGAAAACCUGGCGGGUCUCAUUGACUUAUCGUGUGAAAUCGGCCCACAAGAUCAAGCUCAAUGAUCAACAAUUAUUGCAAUGGAUGGUGCCGAUUCUUCUGGUGAUGUUAAUCUAUUUGGGUACUUGGACCAUCUCGGCCACGCCCUAUGCAGAGGUGAUCUACGAUCAAAAUCAUUUGAAAUUUAAGCAAUGCUCAUACAAUUGGUGGGAUCACAGUUUGGCCAUUGGUGAGGUCUUCUUUCUGGCCUGGGGCAUACGUGUUUGCUAUAAUGUACGCAAUGCAGAGAGUCUAUAUAACGAGGCCCGUUUAAUAUCCUAUGCCAUCUAUAAUAUUGCCAUUGUUAAUAUAGCGAUGGUAGCAUUUCAUGUCAUGCUUUUCCCAAAUGCUGGACCUGAUUAUAAAUAUCUUUUGGGUUUCGUUCGCACUCAACUAUCGACAACAACCACAAUUGCUCUGGUAUUUGGACCAAAGAUUUUACGGGUCUAUAAGGGACAAGGUGACAAAUGGGAUCAAAAGGCCAAAGUGAGAAGUAUAACCGCUUCUUUCUCACUAAAUGGAGUGGGUCUAGUGCCAGAAGAGUCACCCGAUCUCUACCAAGAGAAUGAAGAACUAAAGGAACAAAUACAAAAAUUGGCCCAUCAAAUCGAGUUUAUGAAGACUGUGCAUAUGCAGAUGAAUAAUAGACAUUUGAAACCGAAACCGGGUGGAUAUUUUACCAUAACAUCGACCUCAUUCCAGGCGCCAUAUAGCAAGAGUCAGGUAUCAACUGCACAAACGCAAACGGGCAAGGAUGAGAUUAGCAGCGGAGGCGGCGGCGGAGCCACGCCUUUGAAAUGCAAAUCGCCCAAAGCGGGCAAAGUCUGACGCGGUCAACGAAGU